CUCAGGCAUCCCGGCACAUGUACGCGCGCGUUGUUUGGUCCGCACACUAGCUGCAACGCAUUCGAACUCACUGCCACUAUUUAUAUAUAUAUAUAUAUAAGGUUGUUUUUUUUUCUCCGUUUCGGCCGCGUCAUUAUAAUAAUCCCGAAAAGUGUCACGAGCCCGACCCGGCACACUCACACAUCCGCCCGCCAUAUUAUUAUUAUUAUAGUCGUAUUAUGGUCGUAGUCCUCCACGCGCACCGUCCCAAACACGUCCUMCGCGCUCGUCUUCCUGUUGUCGAAUAAUAAAAAAAAUCGGAAUUUUCGGUCGAAUUUUACUACUUUUUCCCGUACACAAUACUUGUGCGCGAGUGUGUGCGUCCGCGACGAGAGUUUUUCUUUUCUUCUUCUCCGUCAUCGUUCCCACCGAUCGACUGCAGCUUGCACGCCGACUGAAAACAUAACGCACUACACGUUGCGGCACACGCCUAUAUUCUGCUGCAUAUACGUGCGGCAUUUGGGCACAGGAAUCGUCGAUUGCACGGUAAUACGCGACGUUGUAAUAUUAAAGUCGUGCCGAGCCUAUCAGAAUAAUGACGACGCGUCUUAAGUUUCUGCAGACGUUGACGGUAACGUUUUUGGCACUAUGGGGCACCGUUGGAGCCCAAUCACGCGGCGGCAGUGCCGUCGUUGGGGCUUCCGGACCUGUCGGUAGGAGCAUUUGCGACACUUGCGCGUGCGCUCCCGACAACUUGAUUCCGUUGACGGUCAACUGCACGUGUACGAGGACAAAACUGCUGAUCGUCCGGGAACAGGACACUGCGAUUCUGUCGUCUGUCCGGGAUUUGACACUGGCCAGUUGCGGCUUCGUGUCGCUGCCGUCGUCUGGGCUGUCAAGCUCGACUUCGCUGACCCGCGUCACGGUGCGAGACAUGAAACUGUUCCACUACACGGCCGGCUUGUUCCCUGCACUGGAGAGCCUGUCCGUCGAGGACGUCGGCGAGUUGGUCCUCGACGGUUUUGGGCCAGCUAACCGGACGCUCCGUCACCUGACGCUCCGACGCACCAACGUGCUCAGGCUGGUCAAGGGCACGGUGACAGCGGCUGCACCACUUCGCCGGGUUCUGUUCGACCGGGUGGACGUGGACGAGAUAGAAUCUGGAGCGUUGGACAUGUCGUUCAUCAGUGACAGCAACAACGGUCAACAAGCAGCCGCCGACGGGUUCACGGUCGUCGAUUCUACGAUCAAAUYGGUUCAAUCGAGUGCCGUGACGGUCCGGUCUGGCGCCGUCAGAAUCCUGAACAGCACACUGGAUGAUUUGGCUUCCGGCGCUGUGGUGGUGGACGACGCGCACGGCGGCAUCCGGCUGUCCGGCAACCGUCUGGGCGCGAUGGUUGGCGACAGCUUGUCCGCGAUCCGGAUGGACGGUGACGCGGCUGUAUACGUGGGUGGUAACGCGUUCCGCACACUUCCGGCCGACAUGCAGCUUCUCCGGUCCGAGCGGCCUGCCGAGUUUGUGGGCAACGACGUGGACAACGUGGAUCUGGGUCCGUUCCUUUUUGGGCUGGGGGCCGCUGUCCGGGCGUCUGACAACCGGUUCACGUGUGACUGUGACCCACGUCACAUCAGCGUGCUCAAGAUUAACCAGGUGUUUCCGGGACUGUUGCAACCGGAUGUCGACAGCCGGUUCGCCCGUUUGAUGGCUGACAACUACUGUCGACAGCCUGCCAACACCACGCUUGCCGGUUACAGGGACUUGCUAGUCAGGGAGAUUGUAUGCGAGGGCGCCAACGUGACCGCGAUCCAGCCGCCCCAAUCACCGACGGCCCAGUCACCACCGUCCACAGACACCGCGGCCCCUAACCGUGGUAACACGUUCGCUACUGCCACUGCCAUGUACGUGACCGCAGCCACUGUCGUCACUUCGUUGCUUCUGCGUAACCUCUUGGUCAGCUGAACGCUUAAUGUGGUGUCCUAACUCGAUUUUUAAGUUUUUUUUUUAUUUUUUACAUUCAUUUUUUCAUUUUUUUACGAUAAAAAAUACUAUUAUACCGUCGG